AUGUACUGUUACUUUAUAAACUUAAAAUAUGCUUUCUUCCUAGCUGGGAAAAACACCACUGAUGAAGAACUGGAAGAAAUGUUAGAAAGUGGUAAUCCUUCUAUUUUCACUUGUGAUAUUAUAUCGGACUCCCAAAUUACUAGACAAGCUCUGAAUGAAAUUGAGUCACGACACAAAGAUAUUAUGAAACUGGAAUCCAAUAUACGGGCGCUACAUGACAUGUUUACGGACAUGGCUAUGUUUGUUGAGACUCAGGGUGAAAUGAUCAACAGCAUAGAAAAGAAUGUGGUGAAUGCAUCAGAUGAUAUAGAACAUGCUAAAGAGAACACAAAAGAGGCAGUUAAAUAUCAAAGUAAAGCACGAAGCUCCUCUGGGAUCCCUGUGGGGGUGCAGCAGACAAUUGAGGACCGUCCAUUCAAGAAAUGCCUUUUUCCUACCUAA